AUGGAUAAGUCAACAAUUGAGUGGCAGAAAGGAUUCAAGGAGUUCAUGGAUUUAACAUUUGAAGGCACCUCCCAAGGGGAGACUGCACCCUGUCCAUGUUCAAGAUGUCGUUGCAUGUCGUAUAGAACACAAUCUGAGGUCCAAAGUCAUUUGUUUUUCAGAGGUUUUGAUGAGAGUUUCAUACAAGGAGAAGCUAAUGAUGAAGAUUUUGAUCAUGAAGAACUUGACAGUCAAGGUGUGACAGGUGACAGUGCUUCUAUCAAUGAUCUAGUUUCCACAUUAAUACGAGGUGCUAUACAUGGAGACAUCAUAGGUUCUAAUAAUGAAGAGCCAAAUGAUCGUGCUAAGAAUUUCUUUAAAUUAUUGGAAGAGGCACAGAAGGAACUCUAUCCAGGUUGCAAGGAGGCUACAAAGGUAUCUUUCAUUGUCAGGUUAUUUCAGAUAAAGUGCAUGUAUGGUCUCUCCAACAGUGCUUUAGACGCCAUAAUUCAGCUGUUCUCACUUGUGCUUCCAGAAGGCCAUUGUAUUCCAAACACAUUGGAUAAAGUACAAAAGGUUGUUCGAGAUCUUGGCCUCGACUACCAGAAGAUCCACGCAUGUGUGAAUGACUGUGUGUUAUUCAGAAAAGGUUAUGCUAAAAUGAAUUCAUGUCCAAUCUGUGGUGAAUCUAGGUGGAAAAUGGCAGCUGCAGGUGAAAAUGAUGAAGGGAGUGGUACUGGUGCAGGCAAGAAGCGUUUUCCACGUAAGAUUUUACGCUAUUUCCCACUUAUUCCACGUCUGCAAAGGUUAUAUAUGAGAGAGACCACAUCAUCUUAUAUGCGGUGGCAUAAGGAAGGAUUGGUCCGCGAUGAAAAAAUGCGUCACCCUGCAGACUCCCCUGCAUGGAAGCAUGUGGAUAACGACUACAAGGAAUUUGCGAAGGAUCCUCGCAAUGUUAGGCUUGGUCUUGCAUCUGAUGGUUUCAAUCCAUUUGGGAUGUUGAAUGUUACCUACACUACAUGGCCGGUUAUCUUAAUCCCUUACAAUUUGCCUCCUUGGUUGUGUUUGAAACAACCAUAUUGGAUGAUGUCUAUGUUGAUACCAGGGCCAAAAUCUCCAGGAAAUAGCAUUGAUGUGUAUUUGCAACCCCUGAUUGAUGAGCUAAAAGAUCUAUGGGUUAAUGGUGUUGCAACAUGGGAUGCGAAGGAGAAGAAAAAUUUCACUUUGCGUGCCAUUCUACUAUGGACUAUUAAUGAUUUUCCAGCAUACGGGAUGCUAUCUGGAUGGAGCACAAAAGGCAAGUUUGCUUGUCCAUACUGCCACAAGGAUACUGAUUAUUUGUGGUUGAAAUUUGGUUCGAAGCAUUGCUAUAUGGGACAUCGCCGUUUUUUGCCUAAGGGCCACAGGUGGCGCCGCAACAAGAUCAGUUUCAAUAACAAGGUUGAAACUAGGGAGCCUCCAAUGCCACUGACCGGUGAACAGGUGUUGCAGCAGUAUGAAAGUUUUGAGCAAGUGACAUUUGGUCAGACGACGAAAAAGAGGAAGCAGCGUGACGAGGAUACUAGAUGGCACAACUGGAGGAAGAAGAGUAUUUUUUUUAAUCUGCCUUAUUGGGAAAAGUUGCUUGUACGGCAUAAUUUGGAUGUCAUGCACAUUGAGAAAAAUAUAUGUGAGAGCAUAUUGGGUACUUUGCUAGAGUUACAAGGAAAAUCAAAGGACGGUGAGAAGGCUCGGCUCGACAUGCAACAUAUGGGGAUACGGCAGGACCAACAUCCUUUGGUCAAAAAUGGUAGGUACACUUUGCCAUCAGCAUUGUACCAUCUGGGUGUUGAUGAGAAGAAAUUUUUAUGCAAAUUUUUAGAAGGAGUGAAGAUGCCUGAUGGUUACGCCUCUAAUAUCAAGAGGUGUGUGGAUAUCCAAGGGUGUAAGCUGUCUGGUCUCAAAACUCAUGACUGUCAUGUUAUCUUUCAGAAACUUUUACCCAUAGCAGUACGCAACAUAUUGCCUGAAAAUGUUGUUAUCCCAUUGAUUCAACUUAGUAGAUUCUUCAAUUCAAUUUGUUCAAAGGAGUUAGAGGCUAAGGAACUUGAAAAUCUCAGCACCUCGAUUAGAGAAACUCUUUGUCGGCUAGAGAUGAUAUUCCCACCAUCUUUAUUUGACAUCAUGAUGCAUUUGCCAAUUCAUCUAGUUGAGGAGGCUAAACUUGGAGGACCUGUGUGCUACAGAUGGAUGUAUCCAAUUGAGCGAUAUCUACGAACACUUAAAGGCUAUGUGCGCAACAAAGCACACCCGGAAGGCUCAAUAGCCGAGGGAUAUAUAUCUGAGGAGUGCAUGAUAUUUUGUUCUCGGUUUUUGAAAGACAUUGAUACUAAGCUUAAUUGUCCAGAGCGUCAUGAAUGUGCUGCCGUGAAUGAACCACCUUCCGGGCUAAGCAUAUUUGGCAACAUUGACUAUACUAAGAAAGGAUUUAUAGUAGAGUCAAUUUCUAUGUUGGAGAUGCAGCGGAUGAGGCACUAUAUAAUAACAAAUAGUGAUGAGGCCAGUCCAUGGAUUAUGGACCAUAUGGAUGAACUCAAAAAAAAUAGUCCACGUAAUGUUGAGAAGCGACACAAGGAGCAAUUUGUUGGCUGGUUUGAGCGUAAAAUUAACAAACUGUACGAAGAAGGGAAAACAAGCGAUCUCAUCUAUGCCCUUUCUCAAGGUCCAGACCAUAGGGCACGUAUUUUCAAUAGAUGCUUCAUCAAUGGUUUUCUGUUUCGAACUGCCAACAUUGAGAACAACCUUAGUACACAAAAUAGUGGUGUUGUUGUGAGAGGUGAUGACAAUACUGAAAAUAUGGACUGGUAUGGCAAGAUUAAAAAAAUUAUCGCACUUGAUUUUCCUAAUCAAAAGGAAGUUGUCAUAUUUCAGUGUGACUGGUAUGAUGUGCCUGCUGCCGAUAAGAAGAAAAGUAGAGGGUACAACAAGGAUCAAUAUGGUAUUAUAGAUAUUGAUACAACUAAAUUUCGAUACUUAGAUGAUCCUUACAUUCUGGGGUCACAAGCUGAGCAGGUGUUUUAUGUCAAAGGUUCAAAGAAACUAGAUUGGUGCACUGUGGUGAGAAUGAAACCAAGAAAUUUGUUCGCCAUGCCUGAAGGUGGAGAAGAGGAGGGAGAAAUUGAUCUGGACUCAUUGAUCGUGGGUGUGGAGGAUAUGAAUGUGGCAAACACACAAAAAGAGUUGAACAAUUGGACAAGGUCAGACAUAGAAGGAGUUAGUGGUGAUGCUAAUGUCAUUCAAAGGGCGUUUGCUGAAUCUGUUCCAGAACCAAAUGAUGAUGACUUAUCUGAUGAAGAAGAUGACACGAAUGAGACUUACAUUAAUGAUGGACUCAUUGCACCUGUCAAUUCUUCCAGCCAAGGACCGGAUGAUGAUUUUUUUGCAUAA